UUGCAACGACAGAACAGCAGAGGAAAAAUUUUUCUGCAUAGCGGAAACAAAAUUUCCCGCAUCCGGCAGCUGGAAAAUUUUGUAACCGGGUAAGGUGGAAAUGUUUUGCUGUAGAUAAAUAAAAGAAAAACGGGUUUUUAUCCUAUAAAACUCUACACCGACUUGUGGCGCUUCACUCCCCAACGACCAUGGCCGCAUCGAUUUCAAACCCGACAAACCCAUCUUCUCUCCCACUCGAAGAGAGGGUAGCUAUAGUCACUGGCGCAUCACGCGGUAUUGGCAAAGCCAUAGCAGUCCAUUUGGCUUCACUGGGUGCAAAAAUUGUCAUCAAUUAUGCUUCCAACAAGGAGCAGGCAGACGUUGUAGCCAAACAGAUCAAUUCGUCUUGUUCCCAGAAAGAUACCCCUAAAGCAAUAACAGUUCAAGCCGAUAUCUCUGAUCCAGCACAUGCCAAGUCUUUGUUUGAUGAGGCUGAGAGGGCUUUUGGGUCUCAAGUUCAUGUCUUGGUCAAUUCUGCUGGAGUUUUGGAUCCUAAGUAUCCUUCUAUUGCUAACACUUCUUUGGAGGAUUUUGACCGUACUUUUAGUGAUUCCCUCAUUUUCAGUGUCAACACUAGAGGUGCAUUCUUGUGCUGUAAAGAGGCAGCAAAUCGGCUCAAAAGGGGUGGUGGAGGCCGAAUAAUAUUGCUCUCAUCAUCUAUGGUGGGUGGGUUGAGGCCAGGGUUUGGGGCAUAUGCAGCAUCAAAAGCAGCAGUGGAGACAAUGAUAAAGAUACUAGCAAAGGAACUAAAAGGAACUGGGAUUACUGCAAAUUGUGUUGCACCAGGUCCUGUUGCGACAGAGAUGUAUUUUGCCGGGAAGACUGAGGAACAAAUUCGGAAGAACAUAGAGGAGUCCCCACUGGGCCGGCUUGGCGAGACCAAGGACAUUGCACCUGUCGUUGGAUUCUUGGCUACUGAUGCUGGUGAGUGGAUUAAUGGACAGGUUAUUCGUGUCAAUGGUGGUUAUAUCUAAAACUUGCAUAUCCAGCAUGCGGAUUACUGCAGAGUUUAAAAUAAGCAUCACAAUAUAGAAUUCUGAAACUGAAUAUCUGUGCCUAUUUUAGCAUAUUGUAGCUGAAAAUCUAGGAAGCUAUGAACAAGAUAGAGAUUGCUUACUACAAGCUAUGGUUUCAAGACUUGCCAACUACAUCUCUUGCAAUAGUUGCUAUUGUUUCUAUUGGAAGACAAAAACUCAAAUGUUGUUUGUGUUUAAUGUAUCUCAUAUGUGGAGAGCUAGUCAAGGUAAGUGCAGAGUCUAGGAAGAUGAAUUGAUUAUGAGUAGAUGAAUAGUUGUGAAAAAUAUAUACUAAAUAUUUCAAGGCAUUCAUCCAAAUUUAUAACAGAUAUGGGCCUGCUAGUGCUAGUUAUGGAUCA